AUAAGAAAAGGCUAUCUAGUGGGAAAUUCUGUUUUUAAAGAAGUUUGACGUCAAAAACAAAGAAGAAAUGGAACAAGAAUAAGAAAAUUCCAAAACACUCAAGCUAUAAUUUUUAAAUUUUCUACUAGUUAUUUUGGUUAAUUCGAAGUAUAUGUUUAUGCCUCUAAAGUUGGUUACGCAUCUUUAUAUUCCUGAAACGUGUGAAUUACAAACAUCUAUUUUGUAUUAUUUAAGAAUCAUUUGAAAAAAACACAAGAAAAUGCCAAGGAAACCAAGUAACGAAAUUUUGCAAGGGGAUAUGAAUAAGUGGGUUAAUGAUGCUUUGAAUUAUAUUGAAGGCUCUGAUGUCGACUCAAAUAAAUCCUUAAAAAACGUUGUUUCUAAUAGUCUAAAUAAACCCAUCGAUGUGAAAAAAGCGGCAAAAAAGGCUAAACAGAAAUUAAAAAAAGAAGAAAAAAGGCUUUUGUUUCAAUUGAGAGAGCUUCGCGAACAAUUUCAUAGUAUUUAUUUUAAAGAAUUUGAAGCAAAAAAUGAACUGAGAGACUUUAAAAGCACAAAAAAACAAGAUAAAAGGAAAAUUUUGGCUGUAGAAACCACGAUAAAAAAGUUAAAAAAAACAAAGUUAAAAAUAGAAGCUAAUAUCCUGGAAUUAAUUUGUAGUUUGAAAACUAUCAAUCCAAAUUUUAAGUUUGCUUAUCUUCCCACAAAAGAAGAACAGCAGCAAUAUGUAGAAGCAGUGAAGGUAAAUACAGAAAAAGAAGAAAAAUCGAAAAAUCGAGUAACAUCUAAAAACCCUACGCAAUUAGAAACUGAUCCAACAAUACUCCGGGCAACAGUUUUAAAUUCGGAUAUUUCAGGAUUCUCUCCGUUGUAUUCAACAAGUCCGCGAUAUUUUCCUAAUUCUAUUUCCGAUGCACCAGAAAACGAAAAUGCAGAGCCGAGUAAAGAUUUAUCAGAGAGGAUUGUUACAAUACGAAGAGUAUAUUUGCCAGACAGCGAAGCUCAAGUAACUGUUACUGCCAAGGGGAAAUCGCCAGAUCAAGAUAAAUUAUUAUAUACGUUUGUAAAUGGUCAAUUGUUGCCUGCUAAUAAAACCAGUCAAACAAAAGUGAACAAAAAAAAGGAAACUGGGACACCAAGACAGUCAUACCAAUGUUACAAUCAACUUCAACACAUAGAAAAAAUAGAUCCAAAACUAAACAAAACAAGUUGCCAUUUGAAAGGUCAAAUUUCCCAAUACGAUUUUGAAACAGUCUGUUCAAAUAAUUUAAGUAAGGACCAAACAGACUCCAAAGAAGCUAGUAAUAAAAAAGGAAAAAAUAUUAAGUGUGAAAUUGAGUCAUUUAAAACCACAAAAAAUUUGAAAACGGUAAAAGAAGAGCAUCAAGAAAAUAUUGUACAACAAAAACAAAAGAAAAAAAAAUCUAAAAAGAAAAAGGACUUGAACAGCGAUUCCGUCAUUGAAUCAACUAGUAAACAAAUUACUUCCAACGAAAAUACUGAUUUGAAAAAUAGUUUAAUUGAGCCAUUUAAAUUGAAUUUCGGAAAAGAAAAUGUAUUGACAUUAGUAAAAUUAAAUGGAUCUGAUAAUGUAGGAGCUUUUCACGAUUGUGAACUAAAUCAAGAGCAAUCAAGCAAAAUCAAUCAGAAUUUUGGUGCAAUGGGGUGUGACUACAAUAAUCACGUUCAAUAUAAAUUUAAUAAUAGCUUGGAAAAUUUAUGUCCUGCCAUUAAAAGUCUUUCUUUAAAUUCUAAUAAUUUUCCAAAUUCGUAUUGUAAAUCUGAGAACCCAAGUAUUAUGGAGCAAUUAAAGCAAGGUGUAAAUGUCGAAAACUUAAAAUUACCCCCAGGAAUAUCUUUGACGAAAGUUGAUCCAAUUACGUCUCAAGCUCUACGUGUAAAACAAAACUCAAUUCAAAAAUUGUCGCAACAAAUUAAUGACAUAAAAAUUAAUCCGUCAUCUGUAAAUAAUUUUUCACCUAUUUAUCCCAAUAUUGAAAUUACCCCACAUUUUAUAAAUCAUGAUCCGAGCGGUCUUAUAAUGAUUGAUACGAACCAUAGUAAUUUAUAUAAGCGACCAGAACGAUGUACUCAAAUCAAACAAGAUACAAAUAAACAUUUACCCACUACAUAUCAAACUGAUGAACAAAAAAAUCAGGAAAAAUCCAAAAUUAAAACAAAAAAGAAAAACAGAAAAAAUAAAGUUAAACAAAAUACGCAAGAAUCUAAUUUUAUAACAUUAAAAAAUCCUGUGUUUAAUAAUUUAACUCGAAUGGAUGUACCUCCGGAAUUUUUAUGUCAAACACUGAAUGAUGAUCAACCAGCUUUAAUAACAAAAAAUGAAAACGGUAUGUUUACUAUACGGAAUACAGCUCUUCAAAAUAAUUUCUUAGGAAGAUAUCCGUAUGCAGGACCUGGUGGAAUAUUAAUACCAACAAAAACGUCACCAUCAAUUCCAAAGUCAGAAUGUAAAGUAGGACAUUUGCUUGAAAACAGCUGUGAUACUAGAAAAAUCAAUUAUAGUUAUCCUUUUAAUAGGUAUAUCGAAAGAUCAUCUGAAGAUCAUGUUUGCGAAUCAAGUGGAUAUUGAAAUCUUACAUUACCAGAUUGUCGUUUUUUUCCCACUUUAACAGGCACCUUGCAAUCUUAAGAAGUACAAGCAUAGUCUUUAACUGAAGCUUGAUUUUACUGGAUAGUAAAUAUUUUAUUGAAAGUGUCAGUAUCAGCGUAAACUUAGAAAUUCAUCAAAAUGUAUAUACUUAUCAAUUCAACUUAUUUUGACGCAAAAAUUUUUUUUUAAAUUUAAAUAAGAUUUCAGUUGGACAUGUACAAUAAAACCUUUUAGAAAAACCU